GACCCAAAUAUAAACAGCAGAAAUGGAUACAGAGAGGAGAGGAGAACUACAACUUGGUUUGAUUUCACUUCGUGUUACAGAAAUGUUAUUUAUAGGUCUUGUCUUCUAAAGGAGGCCUGAGAGAUGCAGAAAUUGGGUGAUUUCAAGCUUCCUCAGUUUUUUAAUUACCCACCUUACUUCACUCUGCAGCCAGUGAGAGAGACCCGAGAGAAGCAGGUGCAAUUAUGGAAGGAACUUAUUCUUGAGUAUUGUAGAACCCAAAAGAUAUUUGUCAUAGGACUUGAAGAAGAAUUCCCACUAUUCUCAAAUCCAGAGAUUGAAAGAUCACUUAGCCAUGAAGCCAGGGAAGCAUUCGUCUCAGCCUUGGUUUCUGAUGGACGUGCUGAAUGGUUGGAUAAAGGACACCGGAAGUGCCUUAUUCUUUGGCACCGGAUUCAAGAUUGGGCUGAGAUUAUCAUAAACUUUGUGAAAGAAAAUGGAUUGGAGGACAGUGUAAUGACUGUUGAAGAAAUACGUUCAGGGAUAGAAUCUCGAGGAACAGAGCUCCAUGGGCUGGACCGCAUAAUUCUAAUGCGAGCUUUGAAGCUACUGGAACACAAAGGGAAGCUCGCAAUUUUCAAGGGAACUACAGCUGACGAUGAAGGUGUGAAAUUCUCUAUUUAAUGUUUUAACCAGAUGGCAAAGGCUGCCCCCAUGUGUUCACAGAACCCUUCAGUUUGCUAGUUUCCCUUUAUGUAACACAUAUAUACUUGACCGUUGGUCCCUCUUUCCAUCCCCUAGUGACUACUCCAGCUAUGCUUUCUUUUUUGGUAAUAACUAAUAAGUUUCACCUUUGAGAUUCAUCAAAAAAAAGUUUCACCUUUG